AUGCACUAUCAACCAAGUCUGCCGAGAUUACCAAUCCCAUCACUAGAAAAGACUUGCAUGAGGUAUUUAAACGGUGUUCAACCAUUGCUCUCCGCAAAAGAGUUCGAACAAACAAGUAGAAUAGUUAAAGACUUUGAAGAAAAUGAGGGCAAAGCCUUACACAAAGAAUUGGUUGAAAAUGAUAAAAAAAACAAGCACACCAGCUAUAUUGCAAAGCCGUGGAUGGAUAUGUAUUUGUCGGAUCGAACAGCUAUUCCUAUCAAUUAUAAUCCGGGUCUAAUAUUUUUGAAUAAAAAUCCACAAAUUACAGACCAGUAUAAGAACUUGUUUAAAUCAACGCGUAUUCCUAAGCUUAACAUGGACUAUAAUCAAGCAUUUCCUGAUUCUAAUCAUAUACUGGUGAUGAAAAAUGGUCGUUUUUAUACGUUUAAUGUUAUUGAUCCUAUUGAUGGUUCUCCGCUACCUCCCGCAUAUAUUUACGCACAACUACGUAAUAUUGCCGAGAGCGAGUCUUCACCUCCUGAGUUUCCUAUUAAUUUCUUAACAACCGAAAAUCGUGAUACCUGGGCUAAUCUUAGAGAAGAAUUAGAAGCUGAUGAAUUAAAUGCCGAAUCUUUAAAAGCAAUUGACAGUGCCAUAUUGGCACUGUGUUUAGAUGAUGUUGGACAUGAUGACCCUGCUAAAGCUAUGUUACAAGUAUUACACGGAAACGGAUAUAAUAGAUGGUUUGAUAAAUCGUUUCAAAUAAUAGUCAAUAAGAAAGGUGAGGGUGCGAUGAAUUUUGAACAUGCUUGGGGUGAUGGAGUGGCAGUAAUGCGUUAUGUAAUAGACAUGAUCGAUGACAGUAGUAAGAAUUUAAUUACUAAAGAAUCCGUCUCGAGCAAUGUUGAUAUUGAAAGUCAGACCAAGGAGCUACAAUUUAACUUGAGCGAAAAUUUAAAAUCUAGUAUAAAUGUAGCCAAGGAAAAUUUUGUCGCUCUCAGUAAUACACUAGAAUCUCAAGUCGUACAAUAUGAAAAAAUGAAUAAGAAUUACAUAAAAGAAAAAAGAUUGAGUCCGGAUUCACUCGCCUACUAUAGAAUGACAGGUCAAAUUCCAACUGUUUAUGAAUCAUGCAGUACUGCUGCUUUCAAGCACGGUCGAACUGAAUGCCUAAGGUCUGUAUCGAUGUUAACAAAAGCAUGCUGUGAAGCUUUUGGUAGGAAUAAUCCAGCUACUGCAUCCGAGAUAAGAGAGCUUAUGGGAAAGUGUCAAGGAUUUGAUCGCCAUCUGUUUGCAUUAAGAGUUUUAGCCGCAUCAAGCUUAAAUAAAUUGCCCGAUAUCUUCUUGGAUCCUACUUUUAGCAAGGCUUCACACUUUACCUUAUCAACGAGCACUUUAGGAACUGAGUACAUUACCAACGGUGGUUUCGGCCCUGUAGUUAAAGAUGGUCUUGGGCUGCCCUAUAUGGGGGAUAGCCUAAUCGAACUUUGUGUUAUAUUCUUGCCGCGAAGAUAA